GAAAGAGGGAAAUUUAAAUUUCUACGGCUAAUCAGAAGUAAACACAAACAGCCGGAAUAAAUCCUCCCGAAAACGACACGAAAAUGUCCGCAGUCUGACAUUUGUCACCCCUGAAUGUAAAGGUCGCAUCACACCAACAUGAAGAAGAAAGCGAGGAUGACGCAGGUCGCAGGAGCCGGCAGCAACAAGGAGGAGUGCUGUGCGCUCUGCAGGCUCAGCGAUGAUGACCCGGUCAUGUUUGGGGAGAAAGUCACUCUCAAGGAGCACAAAUUCUCUGUCCACUACUUCUGUUUGCUGACGUCUUGUGGAGUUUACCAGCGUGGAGAGGAGGGCGAGGGCGUCUUUGGUUUCCUGGUGGACGACAUCAAACAGGAGUGCCGCCGGUCGGCUCGACUGACGUGUAGCUUCUGUAAGGGGAAGGGAGCGUGUGUCGGCUGCUACGUCAGAAGCUGCAGGAAGGUGGCUCACUUUCCCUGCGCACGGAAAAACCAGUUCGUCUCUCAGUUCACUGGACUCUUCCCGUCGUACUGUCCGGAUCACAGUCCCACUCAGUCUCUAUGUGUGAGUUCAGACCUCAGUCUGCCUCAUUCCUGCUCCAUCUGUUUGGACUCCAUCGAUCCCGUCCUCAGCUACUCCGUCCUCAAAUGUCCGUCCUGCCACACCAGCUGGUUCCACAGGGACUGUGUGCAGCGUCAGGCCCACAACGCCGGCCUCUUCUUCUUCAGAUGUACUCUCUGUAACAACAAGGAGAGCUUCCAGGAGGAGAUGCUGAGGAUGGGAAUCUACAUCCCAGAGAGAGAUGCCUCAUGGGAGUUGGAGGCAAACGCUUAUUCAGAGCUGCUGGAGGUUUACAGUCGCUGUGAUGCUCUCAACUGCGUCUGCAACGACGGACGGAUGCACUCCGCCAAGAGCGGCUGGUUUGAGGUGAUUCGCUGCCGGCUGUGUGGCUCCAGAGGGACUCACAGGAAAUGUUCGGGGCUGAAGGUGGACACCAGGGACUGGGCCUGCAGCGACUGCACGCAGGCUACUGACGGGAAAGCCUCCCUCGUUGCGUCUCCUCAGGGAGGUCAGAGGAGGAGUCUGCUGUCCAAACGCUACCUGUCACCCAUCCGCUCCUCCAUCAGCUGUAAGAGACCGUCGUUACCUGUUAGAUCUGAAUCACCUGAGGAGAUCCUACAGGCGUUGCGCCCUCAGCUCCGUCCCGACAGUGUGCAGGUGGAGGUGGACGGGGAUCAGGCUCUGUCUGCGGGUUUAGAGCUGGUGAGGAGGGCCGACUUUGACCCCACACACACUCUGUCUGUCAGGUUUAACGAUGACCAGCAGACCACAUUUCCCAGCAGCCUCCAGGACAGUGACACAGCCAGGCAGUACUUCCUGAAGCUGCUGGUGCAGCAGAUCCAGGACUGUGUGGUGUUUGAGGGUCCAGAUGGAUCCAAAAACAUGGCGCUGGACUCUCAGGCUCUGAGAGAGGACCUGUACUUUGACGUCGGCUGCCUGCUGGCUCUGUCUCUGGCUCACGGCGGCCCUCCUGUCGGCUUCUUCUCUCGCGCUCUCUACCAGUGUCUGUUCAACUACCCAGCCAACCGGCCGCUCGCCAUCACUCACAUGACCCCCGACAUGCACUUCACCCACAGAGUCAGCAGGAUCGCAGAGGCGCAGUCUUUAGACGACCUGAGAGAAAUGAUGGCAGCGAGCUGGGAGUACCUGGAGAUGGCUGGCUGCAACCGACCAAUCAGCAGCCUGGAGGAGAGAGAGGCUCUGGUGGAGGAUCUGGUCAGCUUCGCUAUGAUCACCAGGAUGCAGCUGCCACUGCAGAGGUUUCGGGAGGGCCUGCAGACUCUGGGCGUCUUUGAUCAGGUUCAGCUCUUCCCGUCGUUGUUCUGCGGUGUUUUCUGUGAGGCGGCGGAUCGGCUCACGGCUCAGACGGUCGGUCAGAUCUUCACCGUGAACUUCUCUCAGCAGGAGGAGAGACUGAGCAGAGAGACACCCGUCAUCAGCUUCUGGAGACACUUCCUGCGGGAGUGUGAAGUUGGGAGGAGCUCCAUCUCCCUGCAGGACCUUCUUCAUUUCGUCACAGGAGCUGAGGAGCUCCCUGCAGCCGGCCUUCUCCCUUCUCCCUCCAUCUCCUUCCUCCACCCUGUGGAGGAGAGAGAAGAAGAGAGAGAGGGAGUCAGAACAAGGAGGGACGAGGGGCUCUUUCCUCAGUGUGUGCCCAGCUCCAGACACCUCCUCCUGCCUGUUUCCUCCUCAUACCAGGCCUUCAAAAGCUCCAUGGAGCAGGCUGUCAGCCACCAUGUGCACCUCCUCCCCACAGAGAGUUAGUGCAGGAGGAGGAGGAGGAGGAGAGGUGUUUUAGAGAUUGUGGCUGCCUGUUAAUCUUUCUGUUCUCAUGCAGCACAUUUACAGUUUAAAGCUUUUCUCAUCUUACUCACUAAUGAGCUGAAAGUGGCCAAAGCAAACCUCAUCCCUUUUAAAGGUCCAGUGUGAAGGAUUCAGGGGGAGUUAUUGGCAGAAAUAUAAUAAGUAUGUUUUCUGUAGUGUAUAAUCACCUGAAAAUAAGGAUUGUUGUGUUUUUGUUACCUUAGAAUGAGCCGUUUAUAUCUACAUAAGGAGCAGGUCCUCAUCUACCGAGUCUGCCGUGUUGCACUGCCAUGUUUCUUCUAAGGUUGGGCGUGAGUGCUCGUUUGGACGUCAGUAUUCGCUCAAAGUAUAGAAUACUAGUUGCCGCCCCUCCCACAUUUGAACAUGACUUUUAUAUACAUAUAUAUUUUAGUAUUUAAAAUGGGUAUGAACUUAUUUUACUGUAGAGCUGCCCCGCUAUCACUCUCUCUGUAUAUCACAAGACGACUGCUGCAGGAGUGUGAGCUCCACACUGGGGAACAGCUGGUGAGAGUCUGCCUGCACACACACACACACACACACAACGUCAGGGCUGAAGGCUGAUUUAUACUUGUGCAUCAGCUCUAUGCCGAGCCUACGCCAUUAUGAGCAUUUAUACUGCAGUGGUGUGUCUGUGUCACUCUGCGGUUACGCCUCCAAAACACCAGUCGGUGACAGAGGUUUCUGUGAAGUGCACACACAAUAAACACACUCUAAACACACAAACACACAUUAAACACACAUUCAACACACAAACACACAUUAAACACACAUUUAACAUGCAUUAAACACACAAACACACAUUAAACAAACAUUUAACAUGCAUUAAUCAAACAAACACACAUUAACCCUGUAAGACCCAGAUAUAGAAAAAAAUGAGCAAUUUUUUUUGACCUCUCAGAUAUUGUUUUAGGAGGCCUCUGAUGUAGAAAUCAAAGAGUUUUCAAAUUUUUUACAUUUUAGUAAGUUUUUAGGGAAAUGUUGUAACUAUAACUAUAAUAUUAUUACUUUCAAUAAUGUUGUUGUAAGCUACUGUCAUUACCUGCAUCUCUCUCUCUGUCUCAUUGUGUCAUACAGAUUACUGUUAAUUUAUUAUGCUGAUCUGUUCUGUACGACAUCUAUUGCACGUCUGUCUGUCCUGGAAGAGGGAUCCCUCCUCAGUUGCUCUUCCUGAGGUUUCUACCGUUUUUUUUCCCCGUUAAAGGGGUUUUUUGGGGAGUUUUUCCUUAUCAGCUGUGAGGGUCAUAAGGACAGAGGGAUGUCGUAUGCUGUAAAGCCCUGUGAGGCAAAUUGUGAUUUGUGAUAUUGGGCUUUAUAAAUAAAAUUGAUUGAUUGAUUGAUUGAAAUUUGCAACGUUGGGCAUAGUUGGGAGCAGAACUUCUGUGUUUGUACUCACUUUGUCUGAACAGAUAUACAGAACAUUUAAGUAUUCAUUUGCAGGGUUGAUUGCUUACUUAGCCCCAUAACAGUAUAUAUCAUCAGUAAUAAUCACACAACAAUCAUAGUUUUAUGAAUAAGCAUUUAUAAAUAAAAAUAUUGGAAAAAAAUAUAUUUACAAAACUUUUUCCUCUGUCACUUUCAAUGUGUUUUACUACAUUCAAACAAUACUGUCUGGCUGGCCUAUUAUGCUCUCUGCUUAUCAUACUAAAACAUGCAUCCCCCCCAGAGCACUUGCAGGUUCACAUUCAAGACCUUUCGCACCUGUCCCUGAACAAUGCAACAGGCAUCCCCCCAACAAAUCCAGAACAUUCAGAACCUGUUUUUCUAUCUCCUAAUGCUACAAACUGCUGCUUGGGCAACACUGAGAAAAAUAGCUCAGGAUCAUUUAGAAGUUAAAAAACAAACAAAAAACUACAAAGAAUCAGGGAGUUUCAAAUACUGUGAUAGAUGUUGGAGUUUCAAAUACCCCAUACAAUUUAUUCAUGUGUUUAAUUAUGGUCUAAGUAAAAAUUUAACAGAAAAGCACAUUUAGAGCUUCGUUACAAUGAAUCAUCUAAUACUUUAAAUUUCUACUACAUUUUUUUUCAAUUUAUGACCAUGUGAGAAGUGCAGUGACCUUAUGUAAUGUGUAAGGAAGCACAGGCUAUUUUGACUACCACACUGACCCACGUUGUAGAAUUACAACAUAGACAUAACAAGCUAUAAAUCAAAUUUGAUGAAUGUUUUCCAAAAUAACUAAAUGUGUACAUGUUCUAGACAUUGUAAUAAACACAAAAAAAAUAUUUAAGGAAUUUUACUUACUUUAAUCCUGACAAAUCCAGUCAUGCAAAAAAAGGAGAUGAGCUCAACGGGAAGUUUGCAGGUAGAGUGAGUUCAUGGCCAGAUGACCAGACCUAUAAACACUUCUUCUAUCCAAUAGCAUUGUGAGGACAAACAGUAGGACCCAUUAACUAUGUAAAUGUGGUCUUGAGAAAAAAAAAACAUUUGCAGGCCUUUUUUUUAGAAUUGUUAAGUGAUGUUGUAAAUUUGCAACAGUGGGUUUAACAGGGUUAAACACGCAUUAAACACACAUUUAACAUGCGUUAAACAUACAUUACACACACAUUUAACAUGCAUUAAACACACAUUAAACACGCAUUAAACACAUUAAACACGCAUUAAACACACAUUUAACAUGCAUUAAACACACAUUUAACACGCAUUAAACACACAUUAAACACACUUAACAUGCAUUAAACACACAUUAAACACAAACACAUUAAACACACAUUAAACAUGCAUUAAACACACAUUAAACACACAUUUAACACGCAUUAAACACACAUUAAACACACUUAACAUGCAUUAAACACACAUUAAACACAAACACAUUAAACACACAUUAAACAUGCAUUAAACACACAAACACACAUUUAACAUGCAUUAAACACACAUUAAACACGCAUUAAACACACAUUAAACACACAUUUAACACGCAUUAAACACAAACACACAUUAAACACACAAACACAUUAAACACACAUUAAAUACACAAACACGCAUUAAACACACAAACACACAUUUAACACACAAACACACAUUAAACACGCAUUAAACAUGGCUUAAUAGCAGCAAUUUCAAACACAAAUCAGCUUCACUAUAACUCGCAGCAUUCACAGACAAACACUUGUCUUUAUCUGGACACAUUUUCCCCACAAAUACAACAUGCUAACGUUAUUAGCACAAGUCUAUGGCAUUUUACAUUGUAUAAAUUAGCCUGGCGACCAGCAGAGAUUUCCUCUGCUCAUCUGAAGCCAGGAUAAAUCCCACAAAAGACUUAAAAUACUAUUUUUGCAGAGGCUUUAUUGUCUUCACAAUUUGUUUCUUAUCUGUGAAAUAAAAAAGGCUAAAUAAAAGCUUUGGUUUGAGCUUACAAAAUAGACAGGAGGUCUGUGUCACUGCGACAUGUAGUUACAUUUCUAGGGAUGUGCACGUAAGGCUACGGCGUAGGCUCUGCAGAAGUAUAAAUCCAGCUUUCCCAUUGGCACCACACAGCUAACGUUACCCAACGGUUAUUAACGGAUUUAACGACAGAGUCGAGCUGUUUUGGUGUCGGUGUGAGUUUGUUGGGACUGUUAAAUUCCUUGGUGUCGUAUGUUAGCGACUGCUGCUAUCAAUUGGUUUAAUGGACAAACUGAAGCCUGGUUGUUCGAUCAAUUAAUUUAAAAUUGUACUGAUUUUCCAUUGUGUGCCAAUCUACAUUCCUUUUGCGUCAGCCAGUGUAAUAAGAAGUUUUUCCACAACGGGCAGCUACAGAGAAACACUGAUUUUUAAUGUGAAACUUCAUUAUUCAGUGUUCUUACCGGUUAAAAUGAGCCGGUCUGUUAGUUUUUGGGAGAAAGAGACCUCUGUGGAUAAUUCAGCUCCAGGUUAAAACUUCCUGAACUAUGAACACUGACUAACCAGGAGAAGUUUCAGCUGGUUGCAGUCUGCAGUCCUCACCACUAGAUGCCACUAAAUCCCCCUAAAUCUAACACACUGUUCCUUUAAACUCAACUGCAGGAAACAACACAGAAGUAUUAAACUUUUUUUCUGCUCUUUUCUUAAACAUCCAGCUCUGAUGUGGUGAUAAUGAAAUUAUUGUCACAUCAAGUAAAUUGCAUGUUUACUAGUUCAAAAACGAUGGUGCUGAUUUUUUUUUAUAACUUUGCCUUUAGAGCUGCUUUUGAAUCAGUCUUAUUUUUAUUGUACAUACUUUUUUCUAAAGCAUUACAUGCUGCUUGUUCUUCAUGAGAUUUUCUGUUUGUGCUCGUUUGUCAUGUUGUCGUCUUUUUAUUUUUAAUUCUUCUGGAAACGACGUGUGAAAAGCUCGCACUGAUCAGAUUCUGAGGAAUAAUGUCAGUGUUUGUCUUCUCAUGUCGUGUGAUCUGUCAGACUUUGCCGAUCAGGGUUUCACAUAACGGGACAUUUGAUGCGUCCUGCCUCUGAGUGAAGAGGGGGCGCUACACAGGCGGAAACAGAACCUGCUGCCUCCUGAUUGGCACAAAUACAUCGUUUGACCGAUUUCCCAUCUUAUUAAAGAUGUUCAAAUGUUUUCUGAUCUCUGUAAAGGCCAAACAUCAAUUCUCAACUUAACCAAGGUUAUGUUUGAGAAAUAAAAACAACUAAAUGUAAAACUACAGGAAGCCCACAGUUUGUACCAUAAAACUAAACUUAUUUUCAGUAACUUGUUAAUUGGUUAUCACCUCAGCUGUUAGUGGUAAUAACACCUUAAGGUUAACCAAAUAUCACAGAGAGGCCACCCCUGUAUUUUCACUUUAAUUGAAAUGGUUAUAAAAAUAAUAAGGCACCUUUUCAGAGAGAAAUAAAUGAAUAGUUCUGAAUUGUAAGGAUUGUUAAAAUCCCAUUAAAACAUGUAAUUAUAUCAUAAUUAUCAGGUAAAUUAAAAGAGAUUUAAAGUAAAAAUGAAGAGAUGCAAUGGAAAUCUGAGCAAACAUGUUGUUGCUGUUACACAUUUGGGUCUUUACUGUACAAACUACAGUUGUAAUUUGGAUUCAUUCUUUUAUUAUCAGUCAUUGUCUGGUAUCAGUCGGUGGAUUUCUGACGUUGAACUUUCAUUUUUCUGUCCCUCUCUUUAACUCUCUUGUGAUCUAUCAGUGUUGUGUUUGCUGCAUUUUUUUUUGCAUGUUUUACAAGUAUGACUUUUCUUUGUCUUUGUUUGGAUCAUAAAUACAGAAACAAACUGUUUUGUUGUCCUGAUUUCUUAAAGGUUAAGUAACUGAACACAUCUCUGUCUCUGCCACAGGUAUAGAAAUUUUAU